AUGAGCAGAAACUUCACCUCAGUGACUGAGUUCAUUCUCCUAGGACUGACCGAUCGCCUGGAAUUGCAGAUUCUCUUCUUCAUGCUGUUUCUGGCCGUUUACGGGGUCACAGUGGCAGGGAACAUUGGCAUGAUUGUACUCAUCCAGGCCCAUGCCCAGCUCCACACGCCUAUGUACUUUUUCCUGAGUCACUUGUCCUUUGUGGAUCUGUGCUUCUCUUCCGAUGUGACCCCAAAGAUGUUGGAGAUUUUCCUUUCAGAGAGGAAAACCAUUUCCUAUCCUGCUUGUCUGGUGCAGUGUUACCUUUUUAUUGCCUUGGUCCACGUGGAGAUGUAUAUCCUGGCUGUGAUGGCCUUUGAUCGGCACAUGGCCAUCUGCAACCCUCUGCUUUAUGGCAGCAAAAUGUCCAAGCGUGUGUGCACGUCCCUCAUCAUGGUGCCCUAUGUGUAUGGAGCACUCACUGGCCUGAUGGAAACCAUGUGGACCUACAAGCUGGCCUUCUGUGGUCCCAAUGAAGUUAAUCACUAUUACUGUGCUGACCCGCCACUGAUUAAGCUGGCUUGUUCUGACACCUACAACAAAGAGCUGUCAAUGUUUGUCGUAGCUGGAUGCAAUCUUUCCUUUUCUCGGUUCAUCAUUCUUUGUUCCUACGUUUGUAUCUUUUCUGCUAUCCUCAGGAUCCGCUCUACAGAAGGCAGGCACAAAGCUUUGUCCAAGGCAGGCAAAGCUUUGUCUCCCUGUGGCUCCCAUCUGACAGCUGUCACUAUAUUCUAUGCAACUCUUUUCUUUAUGUAUCUCAGAACCCCCACCAAGGAAUCUGUGGAGCAGGGAAAAAUGUUUGCUGUAUUUUACACCACGGUAAUCCCCAUGUUAAACCCCAUGAUUUAUAGCCUUAGAAAUAAAGAUGUGAAGGAAGCAUUAAUCAAAGAGCUGUCAAGGAAAAAAACAUUUUUCUAAAAAAAAAAAAAAAAAAGUUCAGUA